AUGGGCUUAGUAGUUAUGGUCGAACCUAUAACAGUUAUAUCAACCUGUCUGUGUAUCACUGUUGUCUAUAUUACUCGUAAACGCUUCUGGGGACUGGGACCCGCAUGCUAUGUUCCAGUUGCAGUAAUUAUAGGUAGGCAUGGGGAGGAAGCAAUCGCCACUCAACUGGGGCAAGAUUACUUGUGUUUACAGACAUCGAGAAAGGACAACUUUGAAAUUAUACACAUUAAAGAAGAUAUAUACAACAUUAUUGGUCAAAAGAAUGACAUUGAGGUGCUUCUAGUAUCAAGAACGAGCUCACCGAUUGAGUAUACCAUGACUGAGCUUGAUAGUGACGAUGAAGGGUUUGAUGACGGUCUUGUACAGCUCACAAAAGAUAAUCCUCGCCUUAUGAAGCUAUUAGUAGAAGAUAAGUAUUUUAAUGAAAAGGUGCGGCAAUUAGGCCCACUGUUACUAGAAACUUUAAUUGAAGGAAUCGAAGCAAAGACUACUGAAGAAGUAUUAAUAAUAAAACGAGUGAUCGAUUGUCUGUAUGACAAAAAUACUACACCUAGCUUAAACAAGGAAUUAAACUUGUAA